AUUUUCCGGAAGUGUCGUCUGAACUGACUGUGAAGGUAUUCGGUUACACUCUUUGGACUGCUCUGUGUUGUUUUCUGUUUAAAAUUUCGGAUUCUUCAGAAAAAGGAAACAGAUAAGCAAUCUGUAAUCUUGGUAAUUUAAUCAACGGAUAUACCAAAAGCAUUUAUUGCCGUUUUCCCUAAAAGGGAGGUCUUUGUGGACAGGUUUCUUGCAGUCCAGCUGACAAACCACAAUGAUCACUAGAAGAAGUCGCACUGUCACCAACACAAAAGUGCAGUCUCCAGAGGUUGAGGCGGUAGAUGUGGAAAGUAUGAAAGAUCUUCCGAUUCCAUGUGACGGAUUCCGAGUUAAAGAUGUGGAUGCUGCUGGAGUAGAGCUUGAUGACCUGUUUGAAGACUUAAAAUGGACACUAGACAGAGAUGCUUCAUCCUCGCUCUUCAAUAUUGAUUUGGCUGAUCUCUGUGUGUACAACACCAAAGAUGGAGACUCCGGGCUUGAAGCUUCAACUGCCUCAUCUCCUGAGAGAUAUUCCUCUGACUCCCAGAACAGCAGGCAAAAACAGUCAAGUCACGUGACUAACAAAAAUGCAAUCGCUGCCAGAUUAAAUCGUCUCAAGAAGAAGGAAUAUGUCAAUAGCUUGGAGCAGAAGAUCGGCAUGCUUUCAACGGAAAAUAGCACGCUCAAAAUAGAAAAUUCUCAGCUGACCAAGAGAGUGGAAGAGUUGGAAGAUGAAACCAGGUACUUGAGGGCUGUGCUGGCAAAUGAGAGCAUGUUAGCCCAGCUCUUGUCCAGGCUGAGCGGUGUGAAUGGGAUGAAAUUAUCUUCCUCACUUUUCCAGGGGCCCAACUCAAACGAGCACGACUACGCCCUGCCCAGGAAAUGGGCCAGAGUGGAGGAAAAAGAAACAUCUGGUGGCGUGUGUCUUCAUGUGGACAAGAAUCAUGUCUCAGUGGAGUUCUGUACCAAGUGUGCAGAGAGUGCAAGCACGGUGCUCAAAAUUUUCUUCUAGGUAAUUGGUUGAUCCACCAUGCGGGAUGAGUGGCUUUCAGAACGCCUUUGUCUGCUUGACUCCAUGUGGAUUCUGCUGGUGGAAGGGGAAGAGGCUGGACAAGCGGCUGCCAUCGUGGCCUGGUAUUUUUUUAAAGGUAGUAUCGGUAUCAAAUGGUAUUUGUGAUCCUAUUUCAUCACUACUCCACAACAUCUGUAGCUGCUGAUCCUGUCAGCAUAGCUCCCGCAGCAUUUUUAAGGGCUGACAAUAGCUUCUCGUUUAUGCAAACACAAGUUUAACAGUCUAAGAAUUAUAACUUGUAUAUAUUGUUGGAAUGUAUAUUUAACAUACUCAGAAAAAUCUGCUGUACGUGGAAAAAAAUGUGUAAAUGUGUACAUAACUCUGAACACAUACUGUUUUAGGUAAAUGGCCUUUGAGAAAUGUUGGACAAAUAAAUCUUAUUUACAGUACUUUUGACUUAAAAGCAUCUGCUGGUUUUGUUUUGUUUUUGAGUCUUGUUUAGUACUGUUGAUAUUAAUGUGUCUCUUUUUCUCUCUCUAAACAGCAAGCUCUCUGCCGAUAAACUGAACAUUUGGGUCAAGUCUGGUAAAGGUUGUCAAAACAAAUGACCAAGACCUCAUUUGAUGGAAGCACAAAGCAUGAGGGCCCACAGGGGUUUUCUUGCCCAUGUUUUAUCCCAUUUACUUCAGAUUACACAGCCACAUCCUACACCUAAAAUUAGUGGCGUUUUUAUAGGUCUCGGUCAGUCCACUUAAACUGUACCAAGCCAGUCCCUGGUGAUCUUUUCACUCCUACACGUCAGGGUAUAUUUACACUGCUGGGAUUGCCAGCCAUGUGACUGUCAAACACCAUUUUCAGUAAUUGUGUAGUUACUUUGGAACAGGAAACCUUACUUUGAGCUUAACUCAUUAGUUCAAUUCAAAUGUUCGGCUUUCAUAAGUUGCUCUAUCCUUAAGUUUGCGUCACAUGAAAAGCUGUCCAUGUGAAAACUAGUGGAAAGCUUUUAUUUUCAAGUGAAAAUGGGUGUAAUGAGUCAGAUCUCUACACAGUAAAGUGUGGUCUGUAGACAGCAGAUGGAUUUAAGUGAAUUGCUUUAAUUUCAAUCACUAAUAUUGUAUACAUUGUAAUAUAGUUUAUUUGAAAACUA